AUGCGUCCACUCCUUUUGUCGUUUAUUACAAUUUUGCCAGUUGCUCUUUGCCAAUAUGUUCUCACUGAUGACUAUACGUCUGGCGUGUUCGCAGACGAAUUCAACUUCUUCACUGGCAAUGACCCCACCAAUGGUUACGUGAAUUACCUCAGUCAGGCAGAUGCAGUCAGUUCUGGUUUGCUCCGAACUUAUAAUGAUGGCAGUGUCUACAUGGGAGUAGAUGACACCAAUGUUGCCACUGGACGAGGUCGCAAUAGCAUUCGGAUCGAAAGCAAAAAGACCUACAAUCAUGGCCUUUUUAUACUCGACCUGGCACACAUGCCAGGCGGACAGUGUGGAACCUGGCCAGCUUAUUGGUUGAAAGGCCCUCAAGCACCGGCAUACAGCGAGCUCGACAUAAUCGAGGGAAUAAAUCUUGACUCGACAAGUUUGAUGUCAGUGAAGACGAAUCAAGCAUGUUCCAUCAGCCAGCAACCCAUGACAGGAACAUUAAAGACCACCGAUUGCAACAUCAACACUGGAGGCAUUGUAGGUUGCUCCAUUAACUCUGCCAGUCCAGCCACAUACGGAACCGGGUUCAACAAUCUUGGUGGAGGAGUGUAUGCUACCGAAUGGACAAGUAAUGCUAUAACUAUUUGGUACUUUGCUCGGAACGCCAUACCGGCUGAUAUCACGGCUGGCACCCCCAAUCCGCAGCUCUGGGGCGUACCACUGGCGAAAUUUGCCCCGAACUGCAGACUUGAUGACAACUUUGUGAACCAAAACAUUGUCAUGAACAUCGAUUUCUGUGGUGACUAUGCGGCUGACCCAUUCUUUUACAACCAAAAUCCCACUUGCACUUCUCAAGCUGCAAGCUGCAAUGAUUUCGUCAAGAACAAUCCAGGCGCUUUCACUGAAACAUAUUGGCGCAUUAAUCAGCUCAAAGUCUAUCAAUUCUCGACGGGCAGCUCAACUUCUAGCUCAACGUCGUCCCCGAGCCCAGUCCCUCAAUCAACUACCUCAGGCUUGAGUAGUUCAAUGUCUACCACAUCGCAGAGCCUGGCCAUUACCACAUCUAGCAGCUAUAUUGCAUCUACUGGCAGUGUAGUGCAACCACCUUCGUCAAAUAUCCUACCUAUCGGCGGUUCGACCACCUCAUCUACUGGCUACAACGUAUUCACUUCAGGUCUACCACCUUCGUCAUCAUCGAAUAUCCUACCUAUCGAUGGUUCAACCACGACAUCUGCUGGCUACAAUGUGCUCACUUCAAGUCUACCACCUCCAUCGUCAUCCUCAGUCCAACCGGCGCAGGGUUCAACCACAACUUCGUCGUUUUUCGUGUACACUGGCUUACCGCCUCAGCCAACGAGCAGUAGCUCAACCACAACGUCGUCGUUUUUCGUGUACACUGGCUUGCCACCUCAGCCAACGAGCAGUAGCUCAUCAACUACAAGCUUGUUGUCCCCUUCCUCUUUGUCUUCUAGUGGGUCAAGUACAACUGCUCCAUUGUAUUCCUCCGUUGGACCAAUUGGUGGCUCAACGACCAACACCAUCCCACAGUCGACCAAUGGGCCACUCUUGGGGUCGACAUCGACCAGUUCAUUACAGUCUCUCACAUCGAGUUCAAGUUUCGCCGUUAAUCCAAAUCUUGGUUCCACAACAAGUUCCACUUCAGGCAUAUCUGUGGCUCAAAGUAGCACCUCUGCGUCUCCCUACUCUGGUACGACAAGCCCGACGAGCCUGAGUAGGAACAGCUCAAAGGCUGCAACAUCAUCCAGUCAGACUACAAAACGAUCGGGCCAAGCAGGUAAUGGAGGAUGGGGUGGCCAAGUAAUUUCCUCCACAGUGAUAACGACAACGUUGAAAGGAACUUGGGUUGAACCCUGCCCUACUGGUCUCACAACGAAAACGACCACACUUGUGACCACCCACUGCGGAUGCACAAGAGAGCCUCUCCCAACGUUCUCAUUGACUACCACCACGAUCACAUGUCCUGCAGGUUGGCCAAUCACAACUCCAUUCGUUGUCGUUAAACCCGUGCGACCACAACCCACGGGGCAUGAAGUAAUUGUCACUACCGAGCCUGGUGGUAAGAUAAUCACAAUCACUCGUCCUGUGAUUACUCCGACACAGACUGUCAUUUUGCCAGUAACUGUCGUACCAUUGCCUCCAAUGGCUCCAAAUGGACUAGGGUCAGCCGGAGCACCGCCAGGAACUUUAGUAACCAAGACUGGGUCGUUAGUCAACUCAAAUUAUGGCUAUGGACCUGUUGGAAGCAGUUCUCCAACCCCACCAGCCAAUGCCCCAGCUGCGUUCCCUCAUGCACCUGGGGUCACCGACCCAGGCUCCGGUGUCAGUCCUGGAGGCUCCGACAGCUCUGGUUACCAAGUCAAUGGCGACGGCUCAAGCGUCACCAACGAGCCAAGCAAUGGCCAUCAGAACGAAGCUAGCGGUAGUGGUGGUUCCAGUCCUGCGUCAAACAACGGAGGAUCCAGUUACAACGGUGAGUCGUACGGAUCCAAUGACCCCGGAGCGCCAGCUCCUAGCUCGAGCUCUUGGAUUUCGACUUACACUGGGGCCGCUGCCACUGUGGUGGCCAGCUCGACUCUUCUGCUUUCCUUGGCGAUUGUAGCCUUCAUCUUUCUAGAGUUGUCUGUGGUUUAA